AUGAAGUUUUUCGCUGUCCUUUCGUUGUUAUUCUUCGUCUUCGUCGCCGUCUUCGGGUCGAACGACUACAGCAGCGCUGAAAAGGCCUUCAUUCUGGGCCACGACGAACCAGACUACAUUCACGAGUUCGACACGAGCAUCAAACCGAAAAACUGAUAUGUAUUUGAUGGGAUAAAUUUUAAAUUAUUGUUAAUAAAUAAUUUUUUUCGCGUCGAGAGUAAAAUAAAAACCUUAAAAAAGUAUUUUUUUUAUUUGUUGAAAUCGCUGAAUGUCUUUUUGGCGCAUUUGUGUGUUCACUCGAAGACUUCUUACCGCGUUCGAAACUAUCGAGCUUCUUCAAUUUGAUUAGCCGCGUUUCCUCGUCUUAACUAAGUUCGGCUAGAACACGACGUUACCGAGUUUUUUUAGAGGCGCACCUUCAUCCGUGUGAACUUAUUUGAGACAAAAAGCGGUUCUCAGUGAGAUAUACUUUGCAAGACUUUCGUAGAACGGACGUGAUCCUCGUUUGAAUAAGACUUGUAAUUGCCACUAAGAAUAACUGACGAGAUAAAUGCGAGCUCGGUGGCGGUACAUUGACGAACUCGCAAAAAUGUCGCUUUUUUCUAGGCGCGAUCCCGCAUUUCUCUCGGCGCGACCUCGCAUUUUUCUCGGCGCUAUCUCGCAUUUAUCUCGCACUUCGAAAAUUUUCAAAUUGCGAGAGAAAUGCGAGCUCGCGCCUAGAAAAGUGCGAGCUGGCGCCCAGAAAAAUGCGAGACCGGCGCGAGAAAAAAUGCGAGAUGUUUGCGAGCUCGUCAAUGUACCGCCAGUGUCUCGCGUUUAUCUCGGCAGUUAUUCUUAGUGUGAUUAAAAAUAGACUUUUCUCUGACGACGCCCUCAAAGGCGCCCCAAGGAGAAAUCGUUUCUUGCAUGACGUCAGUGGUUUGAAAAAUCUUAUGAGAUGAUUUCAUUUCAUUUCUAAGUACUUUUUGUGGCGAUUGAGGUCAUUUCUGACACGUUCGAGCAUCAGCGACGUGGUCAUUUCAACGAUGAAUGCUUAUUAACUUCCGUCGCCGUGAAAUUGGUUUGUUUUUUUUCCCAUCUUUCCUCUUUUCCCCAAAUUUUCUUAUUCCGUAUUGAUGCUUCAGAAAAAUGUCUUCGGAUAG